UUAACUUUAGGGACACAUCUUGUAGAACCUGCAUGGAUUCACCCAUUCAUUUCUGUGGUAGUAACUGAAGAAUGACUUGAUGGUAAUUGUUGAUAGCGUGUAAAAUUUUGCCUUGCCUCUUUGCAUCCUGCUACAUUUCUUGCGCUUUGUUUCUGUUUCCUCUUUUUUGCAGAAGAGCUCUGACUUCAGAGAGAAGAUGGUGAAUCUGCACAGUGUAACUUCCUGCUUGGGAGCAGAGAUUGCCAAAGGAACAACGCUGACUCCACACAAAACUCAGUGCUGCUUUUCUGAGCGUAGUGCCUCUCUGCUGUCUUCUGAUCUUCUUUCUCAAUUUUUUGGCUGUGACAGGCUCUUUUCAGACAACCGUGGUGGUGAAACUGACCUUAGUAUCUUUUUUCAGCUUCUCUCAGCAGCUAAUUGAUAACAAUCCUUCAUUCUCCUGUUGGUUCUUGCUUUUUGGUCCCUUUUUCUUGCCCACUAGUCCCAUUGUUUUCUCAGUAUUGUAAUUCUUGAUCUCCCAGUGUUAUUCAUUUGCAUCUGAGUCAGAGCAACAGAAACAGGGUCCCAGCUCUUCAUGUAGGUAUCCAGGGUUUCCUUUGCCUACAAUAGCAGCAGUUUUUCAGGAUAAGUCUUAUUUUAGCUUCCGUAGUACUGUUGGACCUUAAGGGGUACUUUCUGUAAAUAGAACAUCAGGGAACUUAUCCCAAACCAGCCUUUCCUGAAGAUAUGGGGAUGGAGAAUUUUCAAGAGUUUGAGAAUUCAAAAAGUGUUGUAAACAUGCCACAGGUGUGAGUGUUACUGCUUCCUCAACCUCUAUGUAUUUCUAAUUAUUUUGCCUACUAUAAAGCAGAAGGUUUUUCUCAAAGUAGACAGCAGAAUUUUGUCAGAAUGCCUGAACAGAGUGUACUUUAGGAUGUGGAAACUUUCACAGACCAGAUGGAUGAAAAAUGUGGCAGUAUUCCUUAUCAGUUUAGUUUCCCUCUUUUCUGAUAAUUGAAAAUCUAUCAUUUUCUGGUGGCAGGUUAUAUUUUUCCCUUACUUGUAUCAUUUCUUUUCAGAAUUUCAUCAGUUGUUGCUGUCAGUUUGGGUGCACUGCUUCUGUGUGUUCUAGUAGAGAACAAAAGAAGGGGAUAGGUGCCUCCUGAAGAGAACAGAUUCUUCUUCUGCAGCUUUUCUCUUCUUAUGGAAAAGCUGAAAUGCAAUUUUUUUUCUCUAAUUCUAGGAUCACGGUUAUCUGAUUUGCCUGGUUUUCCCAGCCGUUUUUCAUGGUACCAUAUUACAUUCUGUUUAUUGGAUCAGACCAAUCUUAUUCUUCUUUUUUACUUUCUUUAUUUCCAUUAGAGAAAUAUUUGUGUCAACUUCACCCUAAAAAUAAUGAUCCUGAGUUGUAAGACACGUGUCCAAGCAUCUUCACUAAAAUGUGGCCUCUUAGAACUAACAUAUCCACAGAAAACUCUUGCAUUCAGUACUGAAAAUAGCUUAAAAAGUAAAGCUUAUUCAUUGAGGUAUUAUUUCAAAAUUACAUAUGUGACGUGAUUUGGUUCCUCAUUUGCAGACCAGAACUUCCCUGUAUCAGUUGAGUCUUAAAACCUAAAAGGACUUGUUAACCUGGAUCGAUGCAGAAGGGUUUUCUUGCAAGACACAAUUUGUUCUUCAGCAGGAGUUAGAGCUGCAGAGGAGAAAGGAGCAAAACAUCUGGCAAUGGCUGUUUACCUUCUUGUGAUUUUUCUCUUUUCCUUUUGUACGCAUCUUCAAGCGUCUGAUAGUGGAAUAUUUUUAAUUUAUAAUGAAGAUAGCAAGCUCUGUGCCCAAGCUCAAAACAGCAGCUCAGUCAUAACUGCCAUGUGCAAUGUGAAAAAUGAGUUGCAGAGGUUCAGAUGGAUCUCGGCCACACAGCUGCUGAGCAUGGGGAUGAAGCUGUGCUUAGGAGUUCUCACCAAGGAUGAUGAGGCUGCCAUCACGUUGGAAACCUGCAACAGAACAAAUGAGCUUCAGAAGUGGGAAUGUAAAGGUGAAGCACUUUCAAUCCAAGGCAAGGAUUUGUUUCUCAACUAUGGAAAAGGGAAGGGAAAGAAAAUCAGGUUGUCCAAAGAAUCAGGCAAAGGGAGCCGAUGGAGAAUCCAUGGAACUGCAGGCAGCAUAUGCUCCAGGCCCUAUGAGGAUAUGUAUACAAUAGGAGGAAAUAAUUUUGGUGCACCUUGUGUGUUCCCUUUCAAGUUCAAUGGUAAAUGGUUUGCUGACUGCAUCCGUCAGACUGAUGCAAGCUCUCUCUGGUGUGCAACUACUUCAGAUUUUGAUAAAGACCAACGUUUUGGAAAUUGUCCAUCAAAAGACACUCUCCACAAAGACUUUUGGAAAAGAAAUCCUUUGACUGAAACCCAUUAUCAGAUAAACGCAAACUCACUUUUGACAUGGCAUCAAGCAAGAAGAAGCUGCCAGCAGCAGAAUGCAGAAUUGUUAAGUGUCACAAACCCUCAUGAAGAAAUGUUUUUGUUAGGACUCACUAGUGAUCUGGGAUUCAAUGCCAAGCUCUGGACUGGUCUUGUGAGACGACUUGAUAGCAGCUGGGAAUGGACUGAGGGUAGUCCUCUCAGAUAUCUGAAUUGGGCUCCAGGAAAUCCCUCUGUGGAGCUUAUAAAAAUGUGUGGGAUCUUCCAAGGCAGGAAUGGCAAAUGGGAAAAUGUGGCAUGUAAUCAAAAGCUGGGAUAUAUCUGCCAAAAGAGAAACUCUUCCAUUGUGGAUGACUCCUUCAUUGUUCCCUCAGGAGACAUGAAGCCUGUUAAGUGCCCCAGGGAAUGGGUAGCCUAUGCAGGGCACUGCUAUAGAAUUUACAGAACACCCAAAAUAUGGAAACAAGCCCAAUCAUCAUGUAGAAAAGAAGAUGGAGACCUGACAAGUAUUCAUAAUGUUGAGGAGUACAGUUUUAUAGUGUCUCAACUUGGGUAUAAGCCAGAUGAUGAGCUGUGGAUUGGUUUAAGUGACUUCAGGUUUCAGAUGUAUUUUGAAUGGAGUGAUGGGACACCUGUGACAUACACCAAGUGGCAUCAAAGACAGCCGAUCCACACACCUAAUAAGGCAGACUGCAUUGUUAUGAAUGGAGAGGCUGGGUUCUGGACUGACAGUGCUUGUGAAACAAAACUUGGUUACAUCUGUAAAAGAAAACCCUUGGCAGAGGAAUCAGGGGAAGCUGAAGUUACUUACCCAGGUUGCCAGAAAGGCUGGAUGAAGCAUGGCUUUUACUGCUACUCCAUAGGGCAGCUACCAGCAACAUUUUCAGAAGCAAAACUUAUCUGUGAAGAAAAUAAAGCUCACCUGGCUACUGUGACAGACAGAUAUGAACAGGCUUUUUUAACUUCUAUAAUUGGAUUCAAGCCAGUGGAAUAUUUCUGGAUUGGACUCUCAGACGUGGAGGAGCAGGGGACGUUCAAGUGGACUGGUGGGGACCCGGUCAUCUUCACUCACUGGAACAUGGGAAUGCCAGGAAGGGAGCCAGGCUGUGUGGCCAUGAGAACAGGAACUUCAGCUGGAUUAUGGGAUAUUCUCAAUUGUGAAGAAAAAAACCUGUUUCUGUGCAAGCAGCUGGUGGAGGGAGCGACCCCACCACCCCCUCUGACGACUCCUCCACUCCCGUCCUGCCCAGAAGAAUGGCAAUCCAUUCCUCAGAGCAGCUUCUGUUUCAAAAUUUUUCAGAGAGGAAGGGAGAAAAUGCAAACGUGGUUUGGUGCAAGAGAUUUUUGCAGAGCUAUUGGAGGAGAUCUGGCAUGUGUCCACAGUGAAGAAGAGCAAAAACUAAUAUCUAGUUUAAAUAAAGACUAUCGUCACUUAUCUUACUGGAUGGGUUUAAAUGCCUUGGACUCUGAUGGAGGAUUUACCUGGUGUGAUGGUUCACCAGUAAACUUUCAAAAAUGGGCAAAUGGAGAACCAAACAAUUAUGAUGGAAAUGAAAAAUGUGGAGUGUUUUAUGGCUAUAAUGAUAUGAAAUGGAAUGAUAUAUUUUGUGAACAUAUGCAAGACUAUGUUUGUCAAAUAAAGAAAGGAGCAUCACUGAAACCAGAACCUACAUCCACAUUUGAUUAUGAAUAUAUUGUUAGUGAAGAUGACUGGAUAAUAUAUAAUCAUAAGGAAUAUUACUUUAGCAAGGAAGCGAUGCCUAUGGAAAAAGCAAGAGACUACUGCAAGAAAAAUGGUGGUGAUCUUGCCGUUAUCGACAGUGAAAGUGAAAGAACGUUUCUUUGGAAAUAUACUUUUUAUAAAGAUCAAGGAAAUAAUUUUUUUAUUGGCUUAACUGUGAGCCUUGACAAGACGUUCCGGUGGGUGGAUGGAACUACUGUAAACUAUGUUGCCUGGGCCCCAAAUGAACCCAACUUUGCAAAUAAUGAUGAAAAUUGUGUGGUCAUGUAUACCCAAACAGGUACAUGGAAUGACCUCAACUGUGGCAGUGUUGAGCUUUUCAUCUGUGAAAGGCUUAACAGUACUGUUCGUCCUAGUACUGCUCCCACAGUACCACCACCCAAUGGUGGGUGUCCAGAAGACUGGCUCCUCUUUGAUAAUAAGUGUUUCAAAGCAUUUGGCCUUGAUGAAAAUUAUACACUGACAUGGCAUGCUGCACGGAACAAUUGUAUUACUGUUGGAGGAAACCUGGCUACUAUCUCAAAAAAGGAAAAUCAAGCUUUCCUCAUGUCUCUCUUAAAAAAUACUGCAACUGAUGCCUGGAUUGGACUGAAUGACAUAAAUCAUGAGCAUACAUACUUAUGGACAGAUGGAAGUCCAGUUUACUACACAAAUUGGGCAAAAGGUUCCCGAAGUUACUACAGUAAGGAUGACUGUGUCUAUAUGAAGAAGAACCCUAUUGAACAAGCAGGGAAAUGGAAAGAUGAAGAUUGUAAAGCAAGCAAAAGUUACAUAUGCCAGAAAAAUGCUGACCCUAAAUUGCAAAGUUCCCAAGCCGUGGUUCCAGUGUUUGGCUUUAACAACUAUGGUGAUGACCGCUAUGCAGUCAUCAACUAUAAAAUGAACUGGGAAGAAGCACAGAAGAAUUGCAAAGACCAGUAUGCAGAUCUUGCCAGCAUUUUAGAUCCUUAUGUUGAGGCUUACCUUUGGUUACAAAUACUAAAGCAUGGAGAGCCCGUAUGGAUUGGUCUUAACAGCAACAUGACUCGUGGCGUUUACAUGUGGUCGGAUAGAAGGAGGAGCAGAUAUCAUAACUGGGCCAGUGGAGAACCAAAUAAGAAUGCAGCCUGUGCCUAUUUAGAUUUGGAUGGUUUUUGGAAGACAACAUCUUGCAAUGAAACAUUUUUAUCUCUCUGUAAACAAUCUGAUGAGUUAAUUCCUACCGAAUCGCCACAGCUUCCUGGAAAGUGUCCUGAACCAAAGCACGGUAGAUCUUGGAUUCCCUUUCGUGGCCAUUGCUACUAUGUUCACACCACUUCUGAAGUAAGCUGGCCAGAUGCUUCCAUGAUGUGUAUUCAGAUGGGUGCUUCUCUGGUUUCCAUAGAAGAUCCAGCUGAAAUGAACUUCCUCUUACUUUACCUGUCUCCACUUGCAAGUGAUUUCAGAAAAUUUUGGAUAGGAUUGUUCAAAAAUAUUGAAGGGGAAUGGAUGUGGACAGACAGAAGUGUGGUAGAAUUUGUCAACUGGGAGAAAGGAGAGCCUACAAUGAUUUAUGAUGAACACUGUGUGGACAUGGAUGUCUCAAGUGGAUCCUGGAGGAACUAUUACUGCUCUGUUGACCGCAAUUUCAUUUGUAAAAUCCCAAAGAUUAUUGAAGUUGAACCAACCCAUGAUUCAUCUGUCAAUCAAGCAUCAAAAAGAGAAGCUGCUGUUUCAUCCUCACAUAGUCGAGGUGUGAUGAUUGUUACGCUAAUCUUCCUUCUGCUAGCAGGCACUGGCCUUAUAGCAUAUUUUUUCUACAAGAAGAGACAUGAACAGACAACUGUUACAGCGAGUUUUGGCAAUGCCAUAUACUGUGGUAGUCCUGAUCCUGGAACUCAUGAAUCAAAAUGUCUUGUGACCAGUAUUGAAGAAAAUGAAUAGGCAAUGGGUAAAUAGGUAAAUGGGUAAAUAGGGUAAACUUGGGCCUGAUUGGAAAGGAACUAAGUACUGGAAUACCAAAAUUCUGAACUUAAACUGAUUUUCUCCUAUGGGAAUUUUUGUUUGUUUUGCACAGGAUACUUCUUGCUUAUACUAGCAGGAACAAGCAAUCUUGCAACAUUCUAAAUCUGCUCACAAACAGUAGUUCUUGGGAGGACUGUUGAACAUACAUAAAACCUGGAGCUACACUGUGUAAAGGAACACUCAGGAUGUUUCAGUUGAUGCAUGGGUCCUGCAUCACCCUUAGAUACCAGGAUAACUGUACUCAUCACAGGAAACAGUCAGAGUAAGUGCCUUAGCGUUCUUCAAAAAGUACAUCUAGAUCUGUAGGAAUCCUGGUGAUGCCACGUCUGGUUUCCAGCGCAGACUGGCAGAAUUCCAUAUAUUGCAUGUCAGCUCCGAGAUCACUUGGUACACACUCAUGCUGGAGUAGCCAGGUAGCCUGCUACAAUGCUUAUAAAUGCUUCUUGGUAAAAAUUGUUUUCUUUCUAUCCCUUGUCUUCCCACUUCUGUAUAGCAGAAGUCUGCACACCUUUGUCAAGAUUUUGGCUGCACAUUUUCUAUAAAGACCCAUUUAGCUAAUUGAAUAUGACAGCCAGGUCUCUCAUUAGCCUAUUUGCCCCUUUGAUCUGAGACUCUUCUUAUCAUAUAUCAAUACAUCAAAUCUCCCAUCCCUCUCAGUAGCCCUUGGCAGGACUUCAGUUCUUUUCUAUCCAGCUCCAGCACAUACUGAUUCAUGGAGUCAGACCAUCUUAGACAGAGCCUGGACUUUGAAUCAUUGAUUGUUACCCUUUCAGCUCCCUACUACAAGCAAUUUUUUUACCAACAUCGCAAUACAUGCACUAUAGAAUGAGAGGGGAUUUUGAAAGUCCUGCUAAAAUCAAGGUAAAUCACAUUCAUUUUUCUCCCCUUCUUUGGGAUUUGUGAGCCAAUUAUCUUUUCAUAUGAAGUAAUCAGUUCAGCCAGGCACAAUUCACCCUUUGUAAAUGUGUUCUGACCACUUCUUUUUCUUGACUUAUUUUGUUUCUGGAAAUGGCUUCCAAGGGAAUUGUUCCAUAGCCCUCCUAAGGACUGAGGUUACCUCCUUCAGUCACUGUACCUUGUCAGAGGUGACACAGUGUAGACUCUCAGUGACCACAGCCAGUUCCCUCAGUGUCCUCAGAUAUAACCUUUCAGGUCUCAUGGACUUCUUUAUAUGCAGCUAACAUUAGUCCCUAACUUAAUCCUUCUGUGCCAUGCAUAGCACUUUUCUCCACUAGCAUCUGCUGCUAGCUAUUAAAGACCUGUAGAGUGUGUGAGGGGUGAUUGGUGGCUUUGAAUACCUCAGUCAUGAACUUUGUAGGACUCUUUUUCCUUUAUCUAUGGAACCAUGUCUUCCUUUUGCUGCUGAAGUAAAUACAGAAACCCUUUGUGUUGCCCUUCAUUUUCCUGGCUAGUCUCAACCCCAGCUGAGUUUUCACUUUCCUCAGCCUGUCUUGGUGUGCCCAGGACACGUCCCUGUUUGUGUGGCUGAGUAGCUCAUGCCUUUUUCACCUUCCAUACACUAUCCUUUGAGUUUCAUGUCAAUCAGAAAUUUCCUAUAAAGACAGGCUUGCUUUUUUCCUUGCCUACUUUGUGCCUUGCACAUUGGGACAGGCUGUUCUUGAGCUUUAAGGAGGUUUUUCUUGAAGAUACAAAAGCUAUUCUGGGAUCCUCGGCAUUUCAAUUACCACAUCUGGACUUGAUCUUCCUUUCAGUCACCACUGUGUAAAUUCAGGUCAGAAACCUCCAAAAUGCAGCAAUUACAUAUUCUCAUAGUGGGAUUUGUACAGCACAUAUCUGUAAUACAGGAGUGAUACAAUGCUUCAGAGUAUUUCCUCAAAUAAAGUGUUAUUUAAUCUUA